GGAGAUAAAAGAAGAAGAAUUUGAUGAUUUCCUACAAGAGUAUCUGUCUACCUUUAAGACAGUGGAAGAAAAGCCUGGACAGGAAUAUGAAUGCAAGGCCGAAAUGUACACGUCUACCAUCAUGACCUUGAAAGAAGAAAACUGUUCACCAAUGGAAAUCAAAGAGGAAGAAGAAUUUGAUUCAAGAGAAUAUGGUGACUUCGCCUCUUCACCUACAAGACACAUUCAAAGGAUCCAAGCUAACAAAAGUGGAAACUCUGAGGAAAAAAGAAACAAAGAGAGACGCCAAAACCCCCCCCGGUGCAGAAAGACUUCAUACCAGGAAUCACAUCAGCGACUGGACACCAGGAAGGAACAACAUGAAUGCCCCCAGUGUUUCAAAACAUUUGCUAGACGUUCCGAUCUUGCAAUUCAUCAACAAAUACACACAGGAGAAAAGCCCCAUCAGUGCAGUACAUGUGGGAGAGCCUUUAGUCACAUAUCUAAUCUCAAGACACACCAAAAGAUCCAUACUGGGGAAAAGCCACACCAUUGCAGUACAUGUGGGAAGGCCUUUAGACAAUUGUCUGUUCUCAAGAUGCACCAGAGGAUCCAUACUGGAGAAAAGCCACACCAGUGCUCUACAUGUGGGAAGGCCUUUCGUCACUUGUCUGCUCUCAAGACACACCAGAGGAUCCAUACUGGGGAAUAUCCACACCAGUGCAGUACAUGUGGGAAGGGCUGUAGUAGAAUGUCUACUCUCAAGACACACCAGAAGAUCCAUACUGGGGAAAAGCCACACCAUUGCAGUACAUGUGGGAAGGCCUUUAGUUCAAUGUCUGAUCUCAAGACACACCAGAGGAUCCAUACUGGGGAAUAUCCACACCAGUGCAGUACAUGUGGGAAGGGCUGUAGUAAAAUGUCUUCUCUCAAGACACACCAGAGGAUCCAUACUGGGGAAAAGCCACACCAGUGCAGUACAUGUGGGAAGGCCUUUAGUUCAAUGUCUGAUCUCAAGAAACACCAGAGGAUCCAUACUGGGGGAAAGCCACACAAGUGCAGUACAUGUGGAAAGGCCUUUAAUCGAAUGACUAAUCUCAAGAAUCACCAAAUGAUCCAUACUGGGAAAAAGCCCUAUCAGUGUUCUCAGUGUGGAAAGGCCUUCAGAGAAAUGUCUCAUCUCAAAUCACACCAGAUGAUCCAUACUGGGGAAAAUCUGUAUAAGUGUACUACAUGUGGGAAGGGUUUCAGGAAUAGAUCUAAUCUCAUCGUCCAUCAGACUACACAUACUGGAGAAAAACCACAUAAAUGUUCUCAGUGUGGAAAGAGCUUUAGGCAAAUGUCAUGUCUCAAGAGACACCAGAGGAUCCACACCGGAGAAAAGCCCCAUCAGUGCAGUAUAUGUGGGAAGGCCUUUAGUCAAAUGUCUAAUCUCAAGACACAUCAGAGGAUCCAUACGGGGGAAAAGCCAUACCAGUGUACUUCAUGUGGGAAGGCCUUUAAUAAAAUGUCAAAUCUCAAGACACACCAUAGGAUUCAUACUGGGGAAAAGCCACACCAGUGCAGUACAUGUGGGAAGGCCUUUAAUCAAUUGUGUGAUCUAAAGAAACACCAGACGAUCCAUACUGGGGAAAAGCCAUAUCAGUGCAAUACAUGUGGGAAGGCCUUUAGUCAAUCGUCUGGUCUCAAGUCACACCAGAGGAUCCAUACGGGGGAAAAGCCACACCAGACGCUCCAUACUGGGGGAAAGCAGUAUCAUUGUACUUCAUGUGGAAAGUAUUUCAGGGUUAGCUCAGCCCUCACCAGACAUCAGAUUACACAUACUGGAGAAAAGCCACACCAGUGCAGUACAUGUGGGAAGGGCUUUAGUCAAUUGUCUUCUCUCAAGACACACCAGAGGAUCCAUACUGGGGAAAAGCCGUAUCAGUGUACUUCAUGUGGAAAGUAUUUCAGGGAAAGCUCCAACCUAUCCAAACAUCAGAUUAUACAUACAGGAGAAAAGCCACAUCAGUGUUCUCAUACAUGUGGGAAGGCCUUUAGUUCAAUGUCUGAUCUCAAGACACACCAGAGGAUCCAUACUGGGGAAAAGCCACACAAGUGCAGUACAUGUGGGAAGGCCUUUAGUUCAAUGUCUGCUCUCAAGAAACACCAGAGGAUCCAUACUGGGGAAAAGCCACACCAUUGCAGUACAUGUGGGAAGGCCUUUAGUUCAAUGUCUGAUCUCAAGACACACCAGAGGAUCCAUACUGGGGAAAAGCCACACAAGUGCAGUACAUGUGGGAAGGCCUUUAGUUCAAUGUCUGCUCUCAAGAAACACCAGAGGAUCCAUACUGGGGAAAAGCCACACCAGUGCAGUACAUGUGGGAAGGCCUUUAGUCAAUUGUCUAAUCUCAAGAAACACCAGAGGAUCCAUACUGGGGAACAGCCACACCAUUGCAGUACAUGUGGGAAGGCCUUUAGUUCAAUGUCUGAUCUCAAGACACACCAGAGGAUCCAUACUGGGGAAAAGCCACACAAGUGCAGUACAUGUGGGAAGGCCUUUAGUUCAAUGUCUGCUCUCAAGAAACACCAGAGGAUCCAUACUGGGGAAAAGCCACACCAUUGCAGUACAUGUGGGAAGGCCUUUAGUUUAAUGUCUAAUCUCAAGAAACACCAGAGGAUCCAUACUGGGGAAAAGCCACACCAUUGCAGUACAUGUGGGAAGGCCUUUAGUUCAAUGUCUGAUCUCAAGACACACCAGAGGAUCCAUACUGGGGAAAAGCCACACCAUUGCAGUACAUGUGGGAAGGCCUUUAGUAAAAUGGCUAAUCUCAAGAUACACCAGAGGAUCCAUACUGGGGAAAAGCCACACCAGUGCAGUACAUGUGGGAAGGCCUUUCGUCAAAUGUCUGCUCUCAAGAAACACCAGAGGAUCCAUACUGGGGAAAAGCCACAUCAGUGUACUUCAUGUGGAAAGGCCUUCAGUAAAAUGUCUGAUCUCAAGACACACCAGAGGAUUCAUACUGGGGAAAAGCCACACCAUUGCAGUACAUGUGGAAAGGCCUUCAGUCAAAUGUCAAAAUUCAAGACACACCAGAGGAUCCAUACUGGGGAAAAGCCACACCAUUGCAGUACAUGUGGGAAGGCCUUUAGUUCAAUGUCUGCUCUCAAGACACACCAGAGGAUCCAUACUGGGGAAAAGCCACACCAUUGCAGUACAUGUGGGAAGGCCUUUAGUAAAAUGGCUAAUCUCAAGAUACACCAGAGGAUCCAUACUGGGGAAAAGCCACACCAGUGCAGUACAUGUGGGAAGGCCUUUCGUCAUAUGUCUGCUCUCAAGAAACACCAGAGGAUCCAUACUGGGGAAAAGCCCCAUCAGUGCAGUACAUGUGGAAAGGCCUUCAGUAAAAUGUCUGAUCUCAAGACACACCAGAGGAUCCAUACUGGGGAAAAGCCACACAAUUGCAGUACAUGUGGAAAGGCCUUCAGUCAAAUGUCAAAAUUCAAGACACACCAGAGGAUCCAUACUGGGGAAAAGCCACACCAUUGCAGUACAUGUGGGAAGGCCUUUAGUUCAAUGUCUGAUCUCAAGAAACACCAGAGGAUCCAUACUGGGGAAAAGCCACACCAGUGCAGUACAUGUGGGAAGGCCUUUAGUCAAUUGUCUGUUCUCAAGAAACACCAGAAGAUCCAUACUAGGGAAAAGCCACACCAGUGCAGUACAUGUGGGAAGGCCUUCAGCCAAAUGUCUAAUCUCAAGAAACACCAGAGGAUCCAUACUGGGGAAAAGCCACAUCACUGUUCUCAAUGUGUAAAGGCCUAUAGUAGGAUGUCUUAUCUCAAGAAACACCAGAGGACCCAUACAAAUGUUGUGCUCCCCUGAUAAGACAUAAUGGAGUAUCACUUAUUGAAAUAUUUUUAAACCACAUGUGAUGUACAUGAUGAAUUAUUAUUUCUUAAUAUUUGAAACGUGUGUUUGGGUAGAGAUUAAACCAUAAAUCGAAUAAGAAAA